AGUGUCACGUGUCCUCUACUGUGGUUGGUUCACGGAAACGAAACAGAGCAGUUAAUUUGUCGGACUUUUUUCUUGUGAAGUGCUAUAUUUUGCCCUUUUCGUGUUUUACAGUUCCACUUCUGUCUUCCCAAGUAUCAAAGGAUUAUUGUAAACUCAUCAUUUUUGUAUAAUUCCUAAAAUAAAAUGUGGGAAACGCUUUGUCUUGUCUGUCUAUCAGCAUGUUACCUAUUGUCACACUAUUGAACCGCCAACAGAAUCAAUUUGGAAUUACGAAAGAUGAAAAGAUGACAUAUCUGCCCACAUACACACACACGAUCUCGUUUCUAUUGCGGGUAAACGGAAGUGCUAAUAUUUGAAGGUUUUGUGGCAUUGUCUUUCAACGCUUAGGUGAAGAAGACAUAGUUCUGUCAGUUUCUGAGAGUAUGGUGCAAACAUAUUUUUAUCUUGCUUGUUUGUUCGCGGGCUACAAUGAAGCGUGGAAUUAAAUUAGGAGCCGUUAUCUUUCUUGUCUGUGUUUUUAUUAUCAUCGUUGCGCCAGGAAAGUUUAGUUACCAGCAUACUCUAGACAUGGCAAUCGACUGGAAAACUGUUGAUAUUUUGGGUAAAGAAAUUCCUGAAGAAGCUAUUAAGAAAAAAAAUGAUGUACAAAUCACUUCCCACACGCAUAAAAUACACGGCGUUGACAUGUUUUACCGAGAAGCCGAAAUUCCAAAUGGUGUGAAGGCAUCCGGACAAUCGCUUCUUUUCCUACAUGGACGAAGUUUUAAGUCAGAAACCUGGGAAAAUCUUGGGACACUGCAGUUAAUGGCAGCAUUAGGUCAUAAAACGGUGGCAGUUGACUUACCAGGCUAUGGUAAUACUCACAUGACUUACUCAGGAGACAAAGCUGCUUUCCUGAAGUCAAUAAUAGAAGAACUAACAUUGACUAAACCUGUUGUAAUUUCCCCUUCUAUGAGUGGUGGUUAUUCCGUAAGUUUUUUGGGAAAAUACGCUGACCUCAUAUCUGGUUAUGUGCCUGUAGCUCCAGUGGCCUCAGAUUCUGUACCAAAAAGCGUUCUCCAGCAUAUUGAGGUUCCUACACUAAUAGUCUAUGGAAGUGAUGACAACACAGGUUUAGCAGAAACUUCAUUUAAAAAUUUGAAAGUGCUGCCUAAUAGCAGGGAGGUAAAGAUUGAAAAGGCUGGUCAUCCAGCGUAUCUCAACCAGCCCGAGUUGUGGAAUAAACUGUUGUAUAACUUUAUGAAGUUAUUGCAGUAAGUUAGAGGUUAUUUUACAAAGCUAUGUACUGUCAGAACUUAAAAAAAAAAUGUAUUGUCAGCUGGUUAUGCCACAUGAUGUGAUACAGUAUUUUUGAGUGAUAUGUAAUAUUUUUAUAGGCGAGAAGUUUGUGCAUACGUUCUUUAUUCUUCAUCAGAUUCUUGAAACAGAAUUUAACAUUGUAUGUGUCGCAUGUGUCAUUAUUUCUGUAUGCUCUGUCAGCUGUGUAGUGGGUAACUGUCACUGCCUCAUUGGUUUGUUCUUUUGUGAAAUGUUGAAUGGCAAAGUAAGAUAGCCUUGGUACAUUUAAUAAAGACUGAUUCUCUCAGGCUAAA